GACAGACAAAGAGACAGACAAGAAGACAGACAGACAGUCAGACACAAGUUGCUCUUUAAUUAUUUAGACAGGGACAUCUAUGUCCCUUUAUGUAGUUACUAGUAUGCAGUUGCUUUAGGAACAUUACAUAGACACAAGUAAUUAGCGGUUAAUUGUAGUUCAUGUUUGAAAAGAUAUGAAAGACAGACAGACAGACAGAAAUCCAGAUUGGGUUGUCAUCAAGUCCAAAAAAAACGCAUUCAAUUCUAUUAGCAGAAGAAGUAUGUUAGAUCAGUUGUCAACAGCAUUUCCCGAUUUGGCAAAUCAUGCUAGUCAGAUGUAUGGAGAAUCUAGUUCGCUUCUAUUCAUGCAAGAGUCCUCUCCAAUUGUCAUCUCAUCUGAAGGAGUCCAUCAAGGGGACCCUUUGGGACCAGCUCUUUUUGCCAUAACCAUACAACCAGUUUCGCUGGAUCUGGAGAAGGAUCAUCCUCAGAUUCACGUCCUGGCAUAUUUAGACGAUGUAUUUCUAUUGGGAAAUGCAACUGAUGUCUUGUGUGCCUUUCAUGAUCUCAAAGGGGCAUUUUCCAGCAUCUCUUUAGAGAUCGCCAAUCACAAGUGUGAGAUCUUCUGUCCAUCCAGUACAGUUGCAAUCAAUGAAUCAGCUGGAAUCCCUGUCAACUAUCAAGGUUCACUCUUCCUUGGCACACCAAUUGGCUCUUCUUUGUUUGUCGAGUCUCCUUGCUCAAUAAUUGCUCAGUCUGGCAACACACUAUGUGUGAUCAACUCACUAAACUAGAAGACAUUCAGAGUGCAAUGCUGUUAUUACGACACUGCCAUGUUCCAAAGCUGGACUAUUUGGCUUGAACUGUUUUUCCUGGCCAGUUGACUCAAGCUGCCAAAAUUCAUGACACUCAAUCGCAUAACACCUUUUCCAACCUACUUGGAUAUGAUCGAUUAGACAACUCAAUGUGUCAGCAGGCAUCUCUGCCAAUUCGAUUGGGUGGCUUUGGCAUGACUCUUCUGAGCUCAGUGUCUCAGCAUGCAUUCGUGGCAUUAUGGGCCAAUACAAUCAUUGAACUUCCGUUUCGAUUCCCAGCUCUGAUGCCACUCGUUGAUUCUCUCGUCGUUUCUCCACCUACUAGUCCAAUUGGACAAGCCUUGUGUCAGUCCCUUCCACUGGAUAAGAUGA